GGGUCAGUGGGCCGAGGCCGCCGCCCGGGCCUGCCUGCGCCGGGACAGGCACCGACCCAACGACCACCAGAACUUUGAAAUUCACUUGAAGUAGAAUGGAGGCGACAAUAAUAUUACCAAUUCUGAAGAAAAAGCUAGCUUUCCUUUCAGGAGGAAAGGAUCGACGAAGUGGCCUCAUUUUGACAAUUCCAUUAUGCCUCGAUCAGACAAAUAUGGAGGAACUGAGCGUCACUCUAGACUAUCUGCUCAGCAUUCCCAGUGAAAAAUGCAAGGCAAGAGGAUUUACUGUGAUAGUAGAUGGCAGAAAAUCACAGUGGAAUGUGGUGAAGACAGUUGUAUUAAUGUUACAGAAUGUGGUUCCAGCUGAAGUGUCCCUUGUUUGUGUAGUAAAGCCGGAUGAAUUCUGGGACAAGAAAGUUACACAUUUCUGCUUUUGGAAAGAGAAAGAUCGACUUGGCUUUGAGGUCAUUUUAGUGUCUGCCAACAAAUUGACGCGCUACAUAGAGCCUUGUCAGUUGACAGAAGAUUUUGGUGGAAGUCUUACCUACGAUCACAUGGACUGGUUAAACAAGAGAUUGGUCUUUGAGAAGUUUACAAAGGAAUCAACAUCUUUGCUAGAUGAGUUGGCGCUAAUUAAUAAUGGAAGUGAUAAAGGGAAUCAACAGGAGAAAGAAAGGUCUAUGGAUUUAAACUUCCUUCCAUCAGUGGAUCCCGAAACAGUUUUACAAACAGGUCAUGAACUGUUGUCCGAAUUACAGCAACGGCGAUUCAAUGGCUCGGAUGGAGGGAUGUCCUGGUCUCCCAUGGAUGAUGAGCUGCUUGCGCAGCCGCAAGUAAUGAAGUUGUUAGAUUCUCUCCGAGAGCAGUACACGCGAUACCAGGAAGUCUGUAGACAACGUAGCAAGCGCACACAACUAGAGGAAAUUCAACAGAAGGUAAUGCAGGUUGUAAAUUGGCUGGAAGGACCAGGAUCAGAACAACUAAGAACCCAGUGGGGGAUAGGAGAUUCAAUCAGGGCAUCGCAAGCUUUGCAACAGAAACAUGAAGAGAUUGAAAGUCAACACAGUGAAUGGUUUGCGGUAUACGUGGAGCUCAAUCAGCAGAUUGCAGCCCUUCUGAACGCCGGGGACGAGGAGGACCUUGUCGAAUUGAAGUCACUGCAGCAACAACUCAGCGAUGUGUGUUACCGGCAAGCCAGUCAGCUGGAAUUCCGGCAAAAUCUCUUACAGGCAGCUCUCGAGUUCCACGGGGUCGCCCAAGAUUUGUCUCAGCAGUUGGAUGGCUUAUUAGGGAUGUUGUGCGUAGACGUAGCCCCAGCUGAUGGAGCAUCGAUUCAGCAAACUUUAAAACUGCUGGAAGAGAAGCUGAAAAGUGUCGAUAUAGGUUUGCAAGGUUUGCGGGAAAAGGGUCAAAGUCUUUUGGAUCAGAUUUCUAACCAAGCGUCCUGGGCAUAUGGAAAAGAUGUAACCAUUGAAAACAAAGAAAAUGUGGACCACAUUCAAGGAGUGAUGGAAGAUAUGCAACUUAGAAAACAAAGGUGUGAAGAUAUGGUAGAUGUGCGCAGGUUAAAAAUGCUGCAGAUGGUUCAGCUAUUUAAAUGUGAAGAAGAUGCGGCCCAGGCAGUGGAAUGGCUGAGUGAACUUCUGGAUGCACUACUUAAGACUCACAUCAGACUAGGAGAUGAUGCUCAGGAAACCAAAGUCUUAUUGGAAAAGCAUCGAAAAUUUGUUGAUGUUGCACAGAGCACUUAUGACUAUGGGAGACAAUUGCUUCAGGCUACAGUUGUGUUAUGCCAGUCUCUGCGAUGCACCUCUCGGUCCUCAGGCGACACACUUCCGAGGCUGAACAGGGUGUGGAAGCAGUUUACAAUUGCGUCUGAAGAGAGGGUACAUAGGUUGGAAAUGACUAUUGCAUUCCAUUCAACCGCGGAAAAGAUUUUGCAAGAAUGUCCAGAACAGCCUGAAGCUAUUAAUGAUGAGGAGCAAUUUGAUGAAAUUGAAGCAGUUGGGAAAUCGCUACUGGACAGAUUAACUAUACCCGUAGUUUAUCCUGAUGGAAAUGAACAGUAUUUUGGGAGUCCAAGCGACAUGGCUUCUACAGCAGAACAUAUCAGAGAGAGGAUGAAACUAGUUAGCCUGAAAAGACAACAACUCAGACAACCAGAAGCUGCGUCCAUAGACAGCUAAUAGAUCGGACCUUUCUCAUAGCUGACAAGACUCCCGAGUGUUAUCACCCAGCAUGUCGGCGGCAUACUACAGCAUUUGACGGUCUACAUUAAAGUACAUUUCACAGCCAAUAUAAGCCUCAUUCCUUCCCCGUAGACAUUACUCUCUCUGUGUUAACGCUCUGCAUCUAUCCAGGCAUAAUUCUUCGAUAUGCUAUGAAACCAUAGACUCCAAAUGCCAUACCGAAAGGAACUAUAAACGUUGCACUGAAAAUUCGCUCUCAAGCUUUACUGGAUCUGUCAGUUCCUUAAUGACCAGCUGGCAUAAGCGUUGAAUGGUGCUAAUAAAAGUGUAGAAGUUCCCUAUACAUAUAUAUAAUAUAUAUAAUAGUUUUUCCCCCUAUCUUUCCCCAGGUGAUGUAGUACCUUUAGGCAGUAGGUUUAAACCCCCUCCCCCACCGACUGUAUACUGUGGCAUCCAUCUCAUGUUAAUUUGUGAUUUUUCAGGCUCGAUUAUUUCAAUCCUGUCAAUAUGCAGCCAACCCAUAAGAUCUUUGAUCAAUCAUAUCCAUUAAAGCCAUUUUCCUAUCUGUAUUAAUAAUGUGUUAAAAGCCACUGUGCAUAAUAAAAAACAUGUUUUUAAACUCUUAUUUAAAUUUGCCAUUUUACACUCUCUCCCAGUGUCUGAUUUUGAAGGGACAUAGUCUGGAUUGGAUUUUUCUUUAGGUGGACAUCUGUUUAUUAGUUGAACCACGGUAUUUUCUCUGUGCAUGUAUUAUAGCCAAGAAAACAGUUAAGUAACCGUGCAUGUGAUAAACCAAAAUGUGUUUGUGAUGGAAAAAUGCUAAUGGAGAACCAAUUCUGCUGCAGAGCCCUAAGGAUUUUGUGUGAGUAGAAUACUGUGCUUGGGGUGGAAGGCGGGCUGUAAUGAUAAAAAUGUAUCAUUCUUGUUACUUUAAAAAAGACAGUUAUAUUUGCUUUUUUCAGUUGAUAUGUCCCAAAUCAUUGUUUCUAUUUAUUCCUAUUGAAAAUACUUGGAAAAAACAUUUUUUAAUGAUUUGAUUUGAAUUUUCCUUAUAAAUAUAAUUCUUCUGGAACUAAA